UCUCUCUUUCUCACUAGGUAGCCUUGCCUUGGUCUGAAACGACAUUAUACACAAGUACUGAAGUUGCAGUAUAAACAUGAAGCUCAAGAAAUUGUCCGUUUCUAAAUUUGGAGAUUAGUUGCGUCAUGUUCGUCGAGAUACGUCAUCGUGAGCUUCAGCUCGACAUAAACCCAAUGGCAGACACAAGCCGCAUCUUCACUUAUAACGCAGAUAUCAAACCUCCUGGUUGUCGUAUCUAAUUCAUAAUCAUAAAUUGACCUUGAGUUUGUUAGUCACAAGUUGAAUCAGCUCGAUUCCGAUUCCUGUUUGUUGUUACACCGACCGUAGAAUCAUCCAGUGAGGUCAGCACGACGAAGUGAAGAGUCGGGUUGCAAAUAUGGCAGAGGUAGCAGCAGGAUUGGCGGCAGCUGAGCAGAUUAUAUCUACUGGCGUGCAAGCUGGCGUCUCGGGAUAUGCUGUCGCCAAACCAACGAUGCCUCUCAAGGCUACCUUCUCCCAGAUAGCAUCCACAACUCAAGACGAUUCGAGAGCUUCCCUGGCCCGGUUUGAUCACACUGUCACCAUCAUCAACAAGAAGGCGUACAUCUUCGGAGGCCAGACGAGCAACGGCCGACUUGCCACGAAUGACAUUCACUGCGUAGCUCUACCGGUUAAAGAUGCACCCACACCCGAGUAUCAAGCACUUCCUGCCAUUCAGUCGGGUGAAGAAGCUGUUGCGCCGAAACCCCGAACACAGCAUGCCGCUUGUCCUUUCGGUAAAUACGUUGCCAUAUAUGGUGGGUGUGAUGACAAAGGCGCACUCGUGGACGAGGGCCAUAAGAUACGGCUUUUCGACACAGAAAUGUCAACAUGGGAGAUUUUGGAACCGAACAGUCAUCCAGAGAGAGUACCUACACCCCGACGCAAAGGAACUCUCCUAUCUCACGACGGAAAUCUCAUUCUAUACGGAGGUCUAGAUUCUAGCGGCGUAGAGUUGGCGGACGUCUGGCAUUUCAACGGUUUUACGAAAAUAUGGAACCAACUACCUCAUGCCCCUAUCGCAACGAGAAGUGCAGCGAUUGCCGAGCACACUUUAUACCUUGUCGCUACAUCGGAGCCCCUGAGCAGCGAGGUGCAUCGCCUCGACAUCGAUAUAUACGCGCAAGAGCCGCCGAGCUGGGAUACUAUCUCGAUCCCUACGAAUCUACUUAUGCCGGGGCCAAAACCUCGCGCGAACGGCGCCCUGGUACCAGUCAUCACGGGCUACGGCCGAAAUUACCUUCUAUACUUCUUCGGCGAGGUGCUAGGAAAUGGUAGUGAUGCUGACUUAUAUCAGCGAAGUGAUUUAUGGACGUUCCAACUACCAUCCAGCGAUGUCAAUGUAAAGGCGACGACGAACUUGACAGAUGCUAUCAAACCUGCCAAGAUCAAGGAUCAGAUCAGAUCGAAACUCGGAACCGAUACUGGAGAGGUUAGCUGGGCUGAAGUCGAAGUCCAAGCGCCUGGUGAUCUUAAAUCGCACGAGGGCAAAGUCCAUCCUGGCCCGCGUGGCUCAUUUGGGUAUGACGUAACGCCUGACAAGAGUGGCGUUGUGAUAUGGGGUGGUCGGAGCGGGGAUGGCCAGCCAAUCGGCGAUGGGUGGAUGAUACAGUUGGCAUAGGGACAAUAUGGGCGCGUACUUACGUAUUCGUGGCUGGAAUCAAUGAGCGAGGUUAUCUU